AUGGCCGGCCCUGUACGCCAUGAAUCGUCACCGACUGCCGCUUCGGCUCCAGAUGCUGCGGCUUCGUCACCGACCGAAAGCAAACGCAGCGAAGAGCCAUACAGCAUCUUUGACCACCGCCAACGGACACUGAUUGUGUUCCUCGUCUCUAUCGCCGCAACUUUCUCUGGCUUUGCGUCCAACAUCUACUUCCCGGCGCUGCCCACCAUCGCGGCCGACUUCAAAGUCUCGUCUGAGCUCAUCAACUUGACCGUGACGACUUAUCUCAUCCUACAGGGAUUGGCACCCAGUCUCUGGGGUCCCAUCUCCGAUGCUCGCGGACGCCGUGUCGCCUACAUCGGCACCUUUUGCAUCUUUCUAGCCGCCUGCAUCGGCCUCGCCCUCAGCCGCACCUACGCGGCCCUCAUUGUCCUGCGCGGCUUGCAGAGCGCCGGAAGCGCGAGCACAAUUGCCGUGGGCUCGGGUGUGGUCGGCGAUGUCAGUACGCGCGCCAACCGAGGCGGCCUGAUGGCCGUGUUUCAGGCUGGAAUGCUUGUGCCGGUUGCCAUUGGACCCAUUAUCGGCGGCGUUUUGGCCGGGUCGUCGUUGGGGUGGCGGUCUAUUUUUUGGUUUCUCGCCAUCUACAGCGGUGUGUUUCUUCUAUUCCUGAUAGUUCUGCUCCCCGAGACGCUGCGAGCCCUCGUCGGAAACGGUGGACGCAACCCGCAAACACUCGGCCCCUUUGCGCGGUAUCCGCUUCGGCUCUACCAAAAGUACACAAAGGUGCCGUUCACGCCCGCAGCGGCCCUGGCAUCCGACGGCAGCAGCAGCAACCGCAAAAAGGUUGACGUCUUGGCCUCGCUGCGCAUCCUCUUCAGCAAGCAGGCGGGCCCCGUCGUCCUCUUUUUGGCGACGUACUAUGCUGGCUGGCAAAUGUGCAUCACGGCAAUGUCCACACUCUUUGCUUCGGAGUACGAUCUCUCCGAAACACAAAUUGGUCUAACGUUUAUUUCCAACGGUAUUGGCUCGAUCGUCGGCACUCUUAUUGCCGGGAAGCUGUUGGACAUGGACUACCGGCGCGUCAAGAACACAGCCGUCGCUGCGGAAGACGGGCCGGAGGGAGGAACCGUCGACUCUCAUGUUUCCCUGGAAAAGGCCCGACUGCGCUUGCUGCCCAUAUUUGCCACCAUCCAGUGCGGCUCCCUGCUCAUGUUCGGCUGGACCAUUGACCGCCACGUCCAUAUUGCCGCGCCCAUAGUAUCAACUUUUAUUACCGGCUGGACCGCCAUCACCACGCAGACGGCCGUCUCCACGUAUCUUGUCGACGUCUUUCACGCCGGGCACCGCGCAGCAGCAGCCGGGGCCAGCAUCAAUCUUGCCCGCUGCCUGCUUGCGGCCGGCGGUACGACUUUUAUCAUGCCGCUGAUCAACCGCAUUGGCACGGGCUUGGCGUUUACUGUGUGUGCCAGCCUGCAGUUCGUGGCACUGGCUGGACUUGCUGUGCAGUGGCAGUAUGGCGCUGCCUGGCGGGAGGAAGCAAUACAGAAGCAAAAGAAGGACGAAGACGGCCAGGAUCGUCAAAAGGCCCCCGCAAGGACAAUCUAG